AUGAACAAGAUGAGAUCGACACGUAUCUUUCCCGUGUUGGUGGCCUCACAUGGCAAGAAGUCCAUGCGGGACCAGUAUGUUAAGUAUGCCACCUUGGCCAGAGCUGGCAUGGAAGCGCAGUUUUUGCCAAAUUCUUUUUCAACGAUCUCGGGCUCGGAAAAGAAGAUGGCAUUGUAUCUGGCACAAGCAGUCAGCGAAACAGCCAUCGAUGGUAUCAUUUUGCCUGGUAUCUAG